AACAUAGCAUGGAGGCGAUCAGCCUGUAGCACUGCUCAGGUGUAAUGGAAGCCCAGGUUGCUUUGACAGCAGCCUUCAGGUCAUCUGCAUUGUUGGUUCAGGUGUCUCUCAUCUUCGUCUUGAUAAUACAGGCCAUGUGAGUUUGCUGGCCAAUCAAGCACAGUAACACUGUGGUCAUUGAACCAGCUUUUGGUAUCUUUGGCAGUGUGGGCAGGUGCCAAGUCCUGCUGGAAAAUGAAAAUCAGCAUCUCCAUAAAGCUUGUCAGCAGAAAGAAGCAUGAAGUGCUCUAAGAUUUCCCGGAAGAUGGUUGCAUUGACUGUGGACUUCAGAAAACACACUGGACCAACACCAGCAGACAGCAGCAGAUCCAAAAUCCUCUUUUCAUAACAAAGUAAAUUUUGCAUGUCAUUUGGAAAUCAAUGUCCCAGAGGCUGGAGGAAGAGUGGAGAGGCACAGAAUCAACAUUGCUUGAGGUCCAGUGUGAAGAUUUCACAGUCAGUGAUGAGUUGGACUGCCAAGUCAUCUGCUAUAUAUGUACAAAGAAUAUAAUAUAUUUUUCCUUGUAGUUUAGCAAAUCGAAUUGUCUUGUGUUAAAGUCGGAUUGUUGGCCGUGUUUUCUUUCUUAUAAAGCGCUGAACAUCUGCCCAAAAUGUUGCUCCGUAUACACAAUGAUCCACAGAAAUCUGUCUCUCGUUUUUCCGACGGCAUCCGUUCGGCAUUGAACGCAUCGCCACUUCCUCUCUUCCAAGCCGCGCCUGGUUUCUUCUCGGUGGGACGGGGGGGCAGAGCGACGGACGGACGGACGACAGCCCACCAGCAGGAAAAAAGAAAACACCAUGUGAAGAAAAAGUAUAUAAAAAGGGACACGGAAAAGCAAACUUGCGAGGAGGGUGAGAAGUUAUUCAUUGGUCUCACCGGCACCGGGUCAGCGUGUUCAAAGGCUCGGCAGAGAGCGAAUGGACGAGGAGCAGGACAGUCUCACAAACGGUAGCAGACGCGUAUACCAUGCCUACGAGUGAUGGCCCCAGCCGCUUCCCGGUCUUUGCUCCGCCCAACCCCAACCACCAGAGGUCUCCGGGUUAUGUCCCGGGGCGGGUGGCACCAGUGCGUUCACCGCCACCUGCCAAAGCCCCGCCGCCACCACCGAUAAAACCUCAUGGCCCCCCACCAGAGCGGCGAGCCACUUUCAACUUGGCAGAGGAGAACCAGCGUAGGGAGCGCGCUCAGAGCCUCCAGCAAAGAAAGAACACAUUUAUCUGUUUUGGAGUGUCGAUGGGCGCUUUCUUCCUCACCCUUAUCCUCAUCCUUAGUCUCACAAGUGGAGACGUGUUGGACGAAAAUUGUCCGGACCACAACCCGUCCCUCAGUAGCUGGAACCCAGGCCACCAACCAGAGAAGGCUGUUGUUGUAAGGAGUGGGCAUUUGUUUCGAUUGGAUGCUUCUGCUACCUUCCAUUCUCUAACCAUCCAGUCAGGAGGUCGGGUGGUUUUUGCAGACAAUGCUGACGGCUCCAAAAACAUAACCCUGAGAACACGUCACAUCCUCAUAGAAGAUGGCGGAGCCCUUCACAUAGGCGCAUCUAAAUGUCGCUACCGUUCACGUGCCACCAUCGCCCUUGUGGGCCGCUCUGAUGACAAGGCAGUCACUGAAGUGCCCGGCCUGGGUCGCAAGUUCAUAGGCGUCAUGGGCGGCGGGACUCUGGAGCUACAUGGUACUGAGAGAGUUUCCUGGUCUCUGCUGACCCGAAGUGUCCCAGCCUCCGGUCUAGUCACUGGGGGUUAUGCCUUCCAACGGAACUUCAGCCGAGGCAUCAACUUGCGCGUGGUGGACCAGGACACAGCUGCUGUGCUGUUCUCUGAACGCUAUGACACACAUGACUCCCGAAAUGACAGUCGCAGGCUAACGCAGUUGCUGCGGUCUCUGCCAGAAGGUCGCAUUGUCACACUUGCUAUCGGAGACUCGGCUGUCAAAAGUCUUCUAGAUGAAACUAAGAAGGCCUUGGAAGAGAGGCUAGGCAGCACCUUUGUCAAUGAUCUCAAAUACAGACAGGCUUGGGCUUUGGUCUCGGUGGUAGGCGGCGGUAACGCAUCAUGCUCAGAGGACGUCAGGGAACAUGAAAACCAUGACACGGGAGGGAGGGCUCUGGCGAGACGGAACUUCACCACUGUGGACGGGGUAGGCUUCUCAGUCACCGCCUACAGCGAGUGGAAGAAUGGUUUCCCAAUCUCAGGCUUCCAGGUGGAUGCUGUGGACCAGGUGGUGCUGAAUCUGCAGGAUGAAGUGCAGCAGACCUGGCGACCUGGAGAUAAGAUUGUAGUUGCCAGCACAGACUACUCCAUGCACCAGGCUGAAGAGUUCACCUUGUUGCCCUGCCCUCACUGCACCAGCAGGCAGGUCAAGAUACAAGGGAAGCCUCAAUAUAACCAUUUUGGAGAGAUCGUAGAUGGAGUCGACAUGCGUGCUGAAGUGGCUCUGCUCUCCAGAAACAUUCUCAUUUAUGGAGAAAUGGAAAACUCGUGCUAUGGAAACAACGCAUGCCAGUUCUACAACCACGACACCUACGGAGGCCAUGUCAAGAUCUUUGGUAACUUCUCAUCAGUGCAUCUUUCCCACGUGGAGCUGAAGAACAUGGGACAGCAGGGCGAGAAGAGCCGCUACCCACUCCAUUUCCACAUGUGCGGAGAUGUUGACCAGAGAGGAGGCUACAGGGAGCCCACCUACGUGGACGGGCUCUCCAUACACCACUCCUUCUCCCGCUGCCUCACCAUCCACGCCACCAAUGGUCUGCUGGUGAAAAACACUCUAGGCUAUGACACCCUGGGUCACUGUUUCUUCCUUGAGGAUGGGAUUGAGCAGCGUAACACUUUCUACCACAACCUGGGCUUGCUAACUCGACCUGGGACUCUGCUGCCAACCGACCGCAAUGAGACGGCCUGCAUCAGCAUAAAGGACAAAGUCUACAAAGGCUACACUCCCUCACCCAGCACAGAGUGCAAGGCCGUUUCAACAUUCUGGAUCGCCAACCCCAAUAAUAAUCUCAUCAACAAUGCAGCUGCUGGUUCUCAGGAUGCUGGCAUAUGGUUUGUGUUCCAUAGCUCAUCUACCGGAGACUCUCAUGGGCUGGUACCAGAGACCAAGGCAGAGCUCACUCCCCUGGGGAUUUUUUACAACAACCGUGUACACUCCAACUUUAAGGCAGGACUGUUCAUUGAUAAAGGAGUGAAGACCACAAAUGCCAGUGCUGCAGACCCCCGGGAAUACCUAUGCCUAGACAACAGCGCCAGAUUCCGGCCACACCAGAAUGCUGACCCCAGGAGUCCUCGAGUAGCGGCAGUCAUUGACACUCUGAUCUCCUUCAAGAACAACGACUUAGGAGCAUGGAUUCGGGGAGGUGACAUCGUCAUCCAGAGCUCUGGCUUUGCAGACAAUGGAGUGGGAUUAUCCUUUGCCAGUGAUGGCAGCUACCCUAAGGAUGAAGGCUCCAGCCAGGAGGUGACGCAGUCUCUGUUUGUGGGUGAAAGCCGAAACAGAGGGACCAAUGGAGGACAGAAUAAAUACUGGGGCAUCGGAGGGACUGAUGCAAAGAUGAGGACACUACCAAGAAACAGGACGUUCCCAAUCCGAGGCUUCCAGAUAUAUGAUGGGCCGGUGCGGCUCACGCAGAGUACAUUUCGUGGAUUUAUGCCAACACCGGAGCGUUAUACAAGUGCAGUGGGAUUCAACCUGAAGAACACGUGGCAGCUCACCCCACGUAACAACCUGUCAGAGCUCAGCUUCCACUCCACUGUGGGUCUGCGUACAUUCUUCGGUCGCCCUGGGCAGUGGUUUGAAGAGAAUGACCUGGAUGGGGACAAAAACUCCAUCUUUCACGACGUGGACGGGUCAGUAACAGGCUACAGAGACACCUAUGUCGGCAGAGCAGACAAUUACCUGAUCCAGCAUCCUGGAUGCGUGAACGUGUCCCAGUGGAGUGGAGUGAUCUGCAGCGGCCGCUACUCUCAGGUGUACAUCCAGACCCAGGGAGCCCCCAGCCUCAUUUUAUCCAUCAGCAGAGAUGAAUAUCCAUAUGCUCCUCUGGUACUGAGAGGGAUUAACAGCCAGGGGGCGCCAUCCCAGCAGUACCAGCCCAUCCUGAUGAUGAGCAAGAGCUACACUCUGCACUGGAGCGGUCCGGCUCCCAGAGAGGUGGUCCUGUCUCUCAUCAACUUUGACAAAGAUGACUGGGUGCUGGUGGGACUGUGUUACCCAGCAGACACCACAUUUCAGAUCAUGGCUGACAUCAACGAUAGGCAAAACAACACCUUUGACGACCUCACAGACUACGGCACUGUUUCAUCCUUCGCAGAGCUGCAGAAGAGGCCGAUGGAGAGGAAAUACUACUUUGACCAAACCGUUGGCUUGUUGUGGCUCUACCUUCGAGCUCGGCAUGGUCGUGAUGGUCACAGUUACUGUUCAGUAAAAGGCUGUGAAAGAGUGAAAGUAAUGGCCACCACAUCCUCCAAACAGACCUGUAACUGCUCAGCCAAGGCCUACCCCAAGUACUCCAAGACACCCUCAGCAGUGGUGCCUAUGCCAGCUCUGAACACACAGCCCUGUAAAGGCUGCGGUGCCAAACAGCUUGUGUUUUCCAGCGAGCCAUGGACCUCCUACCUCCAGACACAAGUCAAGUCUCUGAGCAGCAAAGAGCAGCAGAGAGGAGAUAACCGCUCCUUUAUCACUGUGAAUGAGGUGAACAUGCCCUUCUCUCAGCCUGGGUAUUUCCUGGUCUCAGUGGAUGCCUGCUCUGGGAAAGUCACCAAGAAAACCUCAUUCGCCAAGAUGGAUGCCAAGAUGCAGCAGUACUUAAAAACUGGAAUACCAAAGAGGUCAAUGGUGCUCCUGGCAACACGAGGUCAACCUGAAGGCCUGGUUGAUGUUGCACCAUAUCUGGUCUCUUUUGGUUUGGCCAAAGCUGCUGAUCUGCAUAGUAAAGAGAGUCUGGCACUUUGGGGCUUCCAUGGUGGCUCUUCACCCCCCCCUUGGGUGUCGCUACAAGCUGGGCAGGGGGACGAGCUUCUUGGGCUGCAGGAGCGGUACUUGCCCCUGAAUUUGGAGGCUUACGGCUGUACACCUGCAACUCAAACUCGUAGAGACCUGGAGCUCCUCAAAAAAGCCACGGGACUACAAUGACCAAUGUGAACUACACAAGUGACCUACCCGAAAAACACUCUUGCACACAGAUACACAAACACACACAACCAGCUGAUGAAUGUGAACUGCUGAACCUUUAAUUUAUUUACAAUGGCAAAGAUGUUUACCGAUUUCAAGUGGAGAGAAGGUAUUUUAAUUUUGAGCGGGGUGAGUAUUUUUGUGAUUUUUGUGUGUGUGUAUGUGUAAGUAUGCCUUUGGGCGGUUGAGUCAAUGCACUUUCCUUUUAAAGACACAACUUGCCUUAUCAGCCAAAGUGAUCAAAUGGAGCUUUAUAAUAACUCAGUUGUAAAUCUUUGACGACAGGAAGACACAAACCCGAAGCAACCUUUAACAUCUACCGAGCAAUGUGAUUAUUUAUUAUGUAGUAAAUGAAAACAGAAUGAAUUGAAUUAAGACUGAGAGCAGAACACAAUGCAUUAGAUACACACAGGCCAGGAGGAAAUUAUGAAAAUAAAUUGCAUUGUCCCUGAAAUGAGAUCCUGUUUGAUUAGAACAGAUGAAUGAGAUGGAUUAGAUGUGCUCAGGUCAAAGGGAAAUAAUGAACUUACAUGCCAUUGUACCUGAGGAUUAAAGAGCAAUAUUUAGCCAAAACUUGACAUGUAAAAACAGCUAGUGGAAUAGACAUAUUUUUUUUAUGAUUUGAUGUAAAUCAAUGUCAUAACAAGCCAUAUUGAUAUUACAUAUUGAAAUGGUUUUAUAGUCACAAUGUUGUUUGCAGUAAAAAGUCUGGCUAGUUUGCCUUCCGAACACAAAAAUGCAGUUAAAUAUAAAAGUUGCUACUAUGUAGACCACCAGACUCUUUUCCACCAAUCCUCACUCACAUCUUGUAGCUUUUUAGUUGACGUCUGUCACAACUGAAUCUUUGACUGGAAAACCUCCUCUGAUCAUCGUGCAGCUGUACAACUGAAGACUUUAAGCACCUUUUUUAUGGAUUCCUAUAUGGACUUACUGGAUCUUUUUAUCUCAUUUUUAUUUAUUUCUUCGCAGCAAUGGUGUCUCAAGUGCUGGCCACAUGUGCAGCACAAAUAUAUAUACAGUAUAUAUUUUCCUUUUGUUGAUUGCUCAAACACAAGUGAAUGUUUUUUUACCUUUCAUCUGCCUCAUUCAUGAUCUCUUCAUGUACAUUAUUGCCAAAUCCAUGUUUAGAUUCAAUACAGAAAAAAGGGUGUUUGGAUGUGAGCAGGGCUCCCCCACUGAGCGAUGAUAAGUAUCUUUCUUUGACUGUGUGUGUGUGUGUGUGACUGUGUGACUAUAUGAUGGAGAGAUCCUCUGGAGGAUAAUUACCUUGUUGCCUUUUAACCACUCUACUGUUAAAAAGAGCAAAAGAAUGAGAGAGAGAUGUUUCCAACCCUUGACUUUUGUUCAAUUGAUGCUUUGAAGAUGCACAACCAGAGAGUUCUUAAUGUUUUAAUUAGAAUUAGAAGUGAGCUGUGUAAAUUUGGUGUUGAUUGUUAUAACUCAUACUGUACAUGUAAUGUCAAACAGGUUGUCAAUAAUGUGUGUAUUUCCUGUCUCUGUUUUUUUUAUCAUGUGAAAAUAAAAUUUAGCUGAUUUCUUCCAUUUGUUAUGACAUUUCCAAUUAAAUAAACAUGUAUGCUUUGUGAUAAAA